AUGCAGUCAAUUCGAGACAACGGACAAGACGGAGAGGAUGCUGCUCCUGAUGCUCAGCCAUCUGCUGACGAUUUCUGCUUUGAUUGCCCAGCUGGACCUCCCGGAGCUGCUGGAAAUGCUGGACCAAAGGGACCUAACGGAAACCCUGGAGGUGAUGGACAACCCGGACCUGACGGACAACCCGGUCAAGAUGGAGCUCCUGGACCCCAAGGACCACCUGGACAGGAUGGAGCUGCUGGACAACCAGGAGACAAGGGACCUGAUGGAACUGUGUCUGAGGUGCCUGCCCCAGCUGGACCACCUGGAGCACCAGGACCCCAAGGACAGCCUGGAGCCGAUGGACAGCCUGGAGCUCCUGGAGGACCUGGACAAGAUGGACCACAGGGACCACCUGGAGACAAUGGAAACGAUGGACAACCCGGACAGCCUGGACAAGACGGAAAUGAUGGAGAGGCUGGACCACAAGGAAACGGAGGUCAGAGAGGGGCCUUGAAA